AUGUCGUACCAUAACUCCGGUGGCCAUCGGCCGAGAGGAGGAUACCAAGGAAGCAGCUAUAGAGGCUCUGGAGGUCAGCAGUCUGGAAGCGGAGGAUACAACAGAUACAAUAACAAUAAUGGUAGCAAUAGUUAUGUAACAAUUAUAAUGGAGAGAAGACCGUUCAAAAGAAAUGCCUAUCAAGCAGCAUACCAUCAACCUCACAAUGCCUACAAUCAGCAAGGAAAUCGUUACAACGAUACCCAAUUCCAGAUCUGGAUGGGAGGAUUGGAUCCCACUUGGACAGAGGAAAGCAUUGCUAAUAUAUGGCAAACCGUAGGAGUGCCGCCAGUUUCUGUCAAGAUUAUGAGAGACAAGUUCAACACGACAAAACCACCGUAUUCAUUUGUUACGUUUGCUAAUGAAAAGGAAGUAGAUACUGCUGUACAGAAAAAUGGGUUGGUAAUUCCAGGAUCCGCAAGAACGUUCAAAAUCAACUAUGCUGGAGGACCCAACUCUAGAUACCCAGAUUCGUCCAAUUCACGACAAAUAGCACCCAAAAACGAACACUCGAUCUUCAUUGGCGAUUUGGCCUUGGAUGUGACGGAAGAUCUCAUUUUCGCCAAGUUCAAUACUCAGUUCCCAGGACAAGUGAAACAGGUUAAAAUUAUGUUCGAUCAACAGACUGGUGCCAAUAAAGGCUUUGGGUUUGUCCGUUUCACCAAUAUCGAAAUCAAAAAUCGGGCUCUCAAGGAGAUGAAUGGCGUAGUUGUAGGCAGUAGAGCCAUAAGAGUUGGACAAGCUAGCGGAAGCAAUAGUGGAGGAUUUUCCAGUCCAGCCCCAGAGAGCGAGAACCAUGAAAUCUCGCGUGUACAUCUCAGUCAGUCACAGCCAGCAUUGAACCAAUUCACGGACCCCAACAACACUACUUUGCUGAUAACAGGUUUAUCAUCCAAAUUUACCGAGGACGAGUUGGCUUUGCAUUUCAUUGCUUUUGGCGAUAUAGUAGCAUGUAAACUUUCAGACGACUUGCAGUCGGCAUCGAUCAAGUUCUUCCUGAGAUCGGCUGCUGAAUGGGCCGUCUUGUUCUUACAUGGAGCCAUUAUCAAUGAUUGCAAUAUACUGAUAACAUGGGGUAAAGAUUCCUCCACGACGUACAAAGCAGCUAUUAAGCCACCUUUGACUUACGGAUCUUUCGAUAUAAAUACGCUCCGCUUGGACAAUUUUUCUAAACAAGAAUUGUCCGAGCUCUUCACCGUAGAAGUCAACGGAAACAGCCCAUUGCCAGCUUCUAAUAUCAAUGAAUUACACGUGAAAUCAAAAUUGGCAAAUCACAAUUUGCUAGAGUCUGCCUUAUAUUAG